AUGCCUCCGCCGCCUCCUCCGCCGCCGCCGCCACCUCCUGCAGGGAACAGCUGGUGCCCGCCGAGGGUUUGUCACGCCACUGUCACCGUCAGUCCGGCGGCGCCUCACCACUCACUGCCACUGUCACUCAGGCACCACACCACCACACCGCCACACCGCCAAGCUGCACCACCACGCCCCUGCCUCUGCCUGGCCCUCUGCGCCUCCUUCGCCAGGCUCACCCGCCGCAGCGCGCUGACUGCCGCCACGCAGCGGGAAACUCGCCAAAUGUCACUCAGACGCACUGGCCGCACCACCACCACCACCACCACCACCAACACCAACAGGAGUUCACGCCUUCCUUGUGGUGACAGCAGGACACAGCCGCGGCUUGCUGCUGAGAAGGCUGACGGGUGUGCAGGGCGGGACACACAACAGCAGCAGCAGCAGCAGGAGGAGGAGGAGCAGCAGGGUAGUGGAGCCUGGCCGGCGGGUCACGUCACAGCAGGAUUGGGAGGAGCGGGUGGGGCAGGCGUGGGCGGCGACGGUGUCGGUAUCUCCAGAGUAUGCCGCCCCGGCACACGCCCCUGA